CGCGAGUCGCGAGCUCCCGCGCCCCCGCCCCCUCGGCCUCGCCGCACCGGGCUCAUCGUCCGCGGCCAAGGUAGGGCGAGCCGAAGCUCCGCAGACCCCGUCAAGUUUGGCCGCACCGCCCGGGGUGCCGUCGCCCGCACCAUGUCCGCGGCCGCCUACAUGGACUUCGUAGCUGCCCAGUGUCUGGUUUCCAUCUCCAACCGCACCGCGGUACAGGAGCAUGGGGGCGCUCCGGACACCGAGCGACUGCAACUACCUGAGCGCGAGGUGACCAAGGAGCACGGUGACCCGGGGGACACCUGGAAGGAUUAUUGCACACUGGUCACCAUCGCCAAGAGCUUGUUGGACCUGAACAAGUACCGACCCAUCCAGACCCCCUCGGUGUGCAGCGACAGUCUGGAGAGUCCCGAUGAGGAUAUAGGAUCCGACAGCGACGUGACCACCGAAUCUGGGUCGAGUCCUUCCCACAGCCCGGAGGAGAGACAGGAUUCUGGCAACACGCCCAGCCCGCUCUCCCUCCUCCACUCUGGAGUGGCUGCGAAGGGGAAACACGCCUCCGAAAAGAGGCACAAGUGCCCCUACAGUGGCUGUGGGAAAGUCUAUGGAAAAUCCUCCCAUCUUAAAGCCCAUUACAGAGUGCAUACAGGUGAACGGCCCUUUCCCUGCACGUGGCCAGACUGCCUUAAAAAAUUCUCGCGCUCGGAUGAGCUGACCCGCCACUACCGGACCCACACUGGCGAGAAGCAGUUCCGCUGUCCGCUGUGUGAGAAGAGGUUCAUGAGGAGUGACCACCUCACCAAGCAUGCCCGGCGUCACACCGAGUUCCACCCCAGCAUGAUCAAACGAUCAAAAAAGGCACUUGCCAGCCCCUUGUGAGGUGCUCCCCAUGGCGGCCAGGCAGAGAUGGUCCCCGGAAAGACAAAGCUCCCAGGAAACAGACGGACACACGGAAGCCCGCCCCAGCCCCAGCCGAGGCGUGCCGGCCGCAGGAGGUCACUGCUCUAUGGUCACUAUUCUGAUCCUCUCCCUGUACUGUUUCCAAAAAGCACAUGGUAGCCUAAGAUCAAAGUCAACAUUUGGUCCCCUUGCAGAGGCAACUCGGAACCGUCUCUUGACUGUUGGAGGGCAGGCAAAUGCUUUUGGUAUUUUCUUCUUUGUUUUGGGGGGUGGGCGGGAGGGGGGGGCGAGGCCAAGACUCGGGGUAGGCGUUUGAAGAUUCACACUGGUGUACAUACGUCUGACUGGGUGAGUUGACCCCUGGCCUCCCACAGUGACUCUGGGUCCUUGAUGCUUGUUGACUCUCAGAAUUGUUUCCUUCUCUCUUAAUGUAACGACCAGUGUGUUUCAGUUUGUUUAGCAGAACCACUCUCCUGAAUCACUUUAACGUUUGAGAUUUUAAAAAAAAAAACACCCCUCCAUAGCACAGCUGUCUUUUAUGCAAGCAAGAGCACACCUACUCCAGCAUGAUCUGUCAUCUAAAGACUUGAAAACAAACAAAAAAAAAGUUACUUAUAGUCAAUGGAUAAGCAGAGUCCGAAUUGACACUAAUCAAGACAGACCUUCGCGAGGUCGCGAUAGUCCGGAGCUUUCCAGCCCUGCUUUGUAUGACUCGUACUAUCGGAACAUAAGCUGCACUUCUGUUUUCUCACACCGAGGGUGAGUAAGGUAAAUACAGGCUUUGAGGGUAGACGCAGACGUUCUGUUUGGCACCACGUUAUAAUCUGCUUAUCUUACAAUAUACACGUUUCCCUGAGAACCCGUAGCAGAGAUGUGAGGGCAGAAUGUGUAAACCACAUGCUGAGGAGGAAGAGGAGGGGGGAGGAAGGUAGUGUUUUGAAAGAUGCCAAAGUGAGCAACCAGUUUGAACUUUCAUGAAUUUGUUUGAAUUUCCCCGUCCUUUCAGAUGAUGUCGUCUUAUUAACGCUCAUGACACCGGGACACAGGACGAGAGCUUUCGGCUCUUUCUAGUGUUAGUUGAUAAAUGGGUGCAUACCAUCACCAGGCCUGGAAUGCCUGUUUGCUUUUGUUUUUGUUUGGGGGGGGAUGUUUCUUGGUCGCCUUCCUGUGUUCCUAUGAGACUCCCACUAUGAGGUGUAAAAGUUAUAUCAAAGGAAAGGGAGCUGAAAGAUGAAAAAAAAAAACAAAAAAAAUGUUUGCCCCCCA